UUUUAAAAAUUUAUUUAUUUUGCAUCCUGACUGCAGCACCGCCCCCCUCCUCACUCCCACUCCUCAGCCCUCCUUUCCUCUGUCCCUUCCCCAAUCCUCUAUUUACUUAGAAAGGGGCAGACCUCUCCUGGGCAUCAGCAAAGCAUGGCAUAUCAAUCUGCCAUUAGACCAAGUGCCUCCCCCUGUAUUCAGGCUGGGCAAGGCAAUCCAGCACAAGGAAUAGGUUCCCAAGAGCCAGCCAAAGCACCAGGGACAGCCCCUGCUCCUGUUGCCAGGAGUCCCACAAAUAGACCAAGCUACACAACUGUCACGUGUUUGUAGAGGGCCUAGGUCAGUCCCAUGAAGGCUCCCUGGUUGUUGGUUCAGACUCUGUGAGUUCCCAUGAGCCAGGCUAGCCAUUUCUGUGGGUUUUCCUGUGAUGUUCCUGAACCCCUGGCUCCUACAAUCCCUCCUCCUUCUCCUUCUCCUUCUCCUUAGCAGGACUCCCCGAAGUCAGCCCAAUGUUUGACCAUGAGUCUCUGAAUCUGCCUCUAUCAGUCACUAGAUGAAGGCUCUCUUUUGACAACUUCUGGCCCACCCCUCUGAUGCUCCUCUUUGCCCUGCCUUUCAUUGGACUUGCUGCUCUCGGUGCCCACAGCCUAGACUACCAGGGACCUUCAAGCCUCCACAUCUACAGUUUCUGCAACCAGGCCUGGUGAUGUGUAGUGUGUGUGUCCUCAUAGUUUUCCUCUUUGGUCAAAAGUAAAACUAGCUGGGUGGUGGUGGCACACACCUUUAAUCCAAGCAGUCGGGAGGCAGAGGGGGGGAAAAGUAAAGCUCUAGGCAAGUUUGAACUUUCCAGGAUUUUGUUAAUUUAAUGGUAGUUCCUAAUUUUAAGUCCCUGCCCCAAUUUUCGUGUGAGAAUUGGUGAAACCAGUAACCUCUAACGGCUCUGCUAUGUGGGGAAGAAAUGCAUCAUGGCACCCCUGCUGGGCUUGGUAAUGCCUGAGUGAAGGUUUGUCUAUUUAGGAAACUUUGAGACCGGAGACCAGAAGAAGACCAAACCAAAAGUUCUUGGCGAGAACACCGGCCCCUCUCAGGCCCCUUGAGACCUGGUGUGUGAUCUUGUCAGCUCCUGGACCACCAGACUGUGACAGUUCCCCAAUAACCCGUCCGACUACGGGGCUUAUCCCAUCCUCACUGAAGGAGAUUGCGCAAUGCCGUGGUGACAGCAUCAGGAAGCCAAGUUCCUAGAAGUCACAAAACAAGAUUUUGACAUGAGGGGAUGUCCCUCCGUAAGAGUUCCCUUCUGGAUAAGAUACCGAAGGCUCCGUGACAGGGAAUUCUUCAGGGAAAAAACAAUUGGAGGAUGAGGGAUGACGAGGGUCCCCACCCCCACCCCUAAAGAAAUCUAUCAGUGCAGUAGCACUGUUGACGGUGAAAGCAGGCCUCUAUCUGGAGUCAAGGCCAGAGCAGCAGACUCCUUGUCCCGCUCACCGCUCACCGGCCUCUGCUGCCCCGUAAGGUCCUAGCCAACGCUGAUGCGGAUUUUCUUCCUAAGAGCCCAGAGGGACUUUUUUUCCCUAAGUGCUUGAAAAAAAAGAACCAAGAAAAAGUAGCGUUAAGAGGAUUUUCCGUUCUGUUCCUGGCAGCUGGCUCAGAAAGAUGCCCCUGUUCCUACUGCUCACCUGCCUCCUCACCACCAUCACCCCAGUGUCGCCCAUAGCCCUAGAUCCUUGCUCUGCUUAUGUCAGCCUGAAUGAGCCCUGGAGGAACACUGACCACCGGUUCGACGAGUCUCAAAGCCAACCCCUUUGCGACAACCAUAUGGAUGGGGAGUGGUAUCGCUUCACAGGUAUGGCCGGAGAUGCCAUGCCCACCUUCUGCAUACCAGAAAAUCACUGUGGGACCCACGCCCCUGUCUGGCUCAAUGGCAGCCACCCGCUGGAAAGCGAUGGCAUUGUGCAACGCCAGGCCUGUGCCAGCUUCAAAGGGAACUGCUGUCUGUGGAACACCACGGUGGAGGUCAAGGCCUGCCCUGGAGGCUACUACGUGUAUCGGCUGGCCAAGCCCAGCGUCUGCUUCCACGUCUACUGUGGUCAUUUUUAUGACAUCUGUGACGAGGACUGCCAUGACAGCUGCUUGGACACCACCGAGUGCGCAUGCGCUCCGGGAACCUCGCUGGGCCCAGAUGGACAGACAUGCUUUGAUGAAAACGAAUGUGAGCAGAACAAUGGUGGCUGUAGUGAGAUCUGCGUCAACCUCAAAAACUCACACCGCUGUGCGUGUGGGGCUGGCCGCGUGCUGAGGAGCGAUGGGAAAACCUGCGAAGACAUUGAAGGAUGCCACAAUAACAAUGGCGGCUGCAGCCAUGCUUGCGUUGGAUCUGAGAGGGGCUACCAGUGCGAGUGUCCCAGGGGCUUGGUACUGUCUGAAGACAGCCACACCUGCCAAGUCCCCGUGUUGUGCAAGUCCAACGCCAUCGAAGUGAGUGUCCCCAGGGAGCUGGUUGGUGGCCUGGAGCUCUUCCUGACCAACAACUCCUGCCGAGGAGUGUCCAAUGGCACCCACGUCAACAUCGUCUUCUCCCUCAAGACCUGCGGUACAGUGGUUGAUGUGGUGAAUGACAAAAUCGUGGCCAGCAACCUCGUGACAGGUCUGCCCAAGCAGACCCCUGGGAGCAGCGGGGACAUCAUCAUUCGGACCAGCGAACUGCUGAUCCCGGUGACCUGUGAGUUCCCACGGCUGUACACUAUCUCUGAAGGAUACGUGCCCAACCUGCGCAAUGCGCCUCUGGAAAUCAGGAGCCGAAACCACGGCAUCUUCCCCUUCACGCUGGAGAUAUUCAAGGACCACGAGUUCGAGGAGCCGUACAGGGAGACUCUGCCCACACUCAAGCUUCGCGACUCACUCUACUUCGGAAUUGAGCCCCUGGUGCACGUGAGCGGCCUGGAGAGCCUGGUGGAGAGCUGCUUCGCCACGCCCACUGCCAAGAUGGAUGAGAUACUCAAGUACUACCUGAUCCAGGACGGCUGUGUCUCCGAUGACUCAGUGAAGCAGUACUCAUCCCGGGAUCACCUAGCAAAGCACUUCCAGGUCCCCGUCUUCAAGUUUGUGGGCAAAGAUCACAAGGAGGUAUUUCUUCACUGCCGUGUCCUUGUUUGUGGGGUUCUGGAUGAACGCUCCCGCUGUGCCCAGGGAUGCCACCGGCGAGUCCGUCGUGAGGUGAGGGAAGACGAGGACUCUGCUGGGCUGCGGAGCCAGACACUGACGGGCGGCCCCAUCACCAUCGACUGGCAGGACUAGUCCCUGC